AUGGAGAUUGAGAACGAAACUAAACCGCUUUCCGAACAGCCGGCUGUUCAGGACGCCGAACUUCCCCCGGUAACCAAAGAGGAACAAGGGCAGGAGCCAGAGCAAGACAAAGUUCAAGUACAAGAAAAAGAGGAACAACCAGACUUAGAGAAGGUGGAACAACCAGCACUAGAAAAAGACGAACAACAAUCUCCAGGAGAAACACAAAAAUCACAAGAUCUCCAAGAAAUACAAGACAAUGUCCUAUAUAAAAUACAUGAGAUCCUAACGAAACACUCGUCUACACAAUCAGAGUUCAUACCACAGCUUUAUCACUCAUUGAAGCUCAUCAGUAAACAGCCCAAUAACAGUUCAAAUUCUCUUGAUGCUGCUACCUCCAGCAUAAGACAUCGAUUGAAAACUGCUAAAGCUCUGUUACAGCAAGACCCCCAGGCCAUCGAACUGCUCUCAAAAACUCCAGAACAAUGGCAAGCACAUAUCCUGGAGAAGAGAGCAGAACUAGAAAAGAAGAAGCAACAUUUGCAACGUCUUCGAGAAAAUGUGCAAAAGCAGUAG